CGGUAUAUUUAGAAAAUGAGACGGUAUAUUUUAUCGAAAAGUAACAACAAAGCAGCUUGCUUGCGUGGAACAGAAACAAAUAUUAUAUCUCUGCAAAAUGAAUGAGUCUGAGAUUCCCAUUGACAUCCAUACUCUGAAGUUGCAAGACUGGCUGAUCAGCCGCAGGAUUGUGCCCAAAAAUAUUCAACAGGAGAUCAAGGAAAUUCACACCAAGAUCAGCAAUGCCCUCCAGGACAUGCCGUCUAAUGAACAGCUCAUUAAAUUAUUGUCGAAAGCGAAUAUCAACUAUUACCAUGUGAAAGAGAUAAUUGAAAUCCUCAAGCAAACGGAGAAGGAUACGAAAAGCGUAUUUGGCACCUACGGCAGUCAGCGUAUGAAGGAUUGGCAGGAGAUAUGCCGCCUGUACGAAAAGAACGCUACAUAUCUGGGCGAAACGGCUCAGAUAUUUGUGCGAAAUGUGAACUUUGAGAUACCUGGGGUGCGAAAGCAAAUGGCAAAACUGGAACAACUUACCGAUGAAAGUCUUAAAAGAGCCCAAGACAUGCACAAGCCGGAAGGUCAGCUACUGGCCGAACAUGCCGCCUUGCUGGAACAGCUGGGGGUCAAAGGAGACAAUCUACAUGCGGAGCUUAUCGAGGUUCUUGCCGGCCUGCCAGACCUCUACACUAAGUCCCUACAGGAUAUUGGCAAGAUUCAGAACGGCAUCGACAUGUAUGCCGAGAUCAGUGGGCACAAACAGUCGCUACCCAUUCUUCGGCAUCUGGUCGAGUUUGGAAACACCACUGUGUAUCAGUACAUUCACAAAGAAGCACCCCUGGCCGUUGAAGAGCCUCCCAUAAGCCUAGACCUCAGUGAAGGCAUCGCCUCCAAGGAUGGAGAGGGGGAUAACGCUGUUACCGAAAUUGACUUUGGAACGGAUGACAAUGGCGGAACAUCCUCCACCGUUUCGGCGGAAAUCAUUGACUACGGUGACUUUGGAGGUGUAGAUCUUCCGGAGACCGAUGGCGGUAACAUCGAUUGGGGCAUCGAGAGUGCCCCAGCAUCGGAUGCUGUUGAAAUCAACUUUGACAUUCCUGUCGAGGAGUAUGGGAUCGUGGUGGAGGGCACUGGCAUGGAUGGUGGCACUGCCAAGGGUGACCAAGCCUACACACUCCUAGACUCGCCCAAUUAUCGGGAUCGUUUUCUGGACGAGCUCUUUGAGCUGGAAUCGUUCCUGCGCCUGCGCCUCUAUGAGCUCAAUCAGUUGGAGUCCUCGAGCAACAUUAUGUACUCGCUUAUGGAUAGCAUUGCCACACACGAUGCUGAUAGCAUAAAGAAGAUUCUCGGUUACAUCGAGAAAAUCAUCCAGCAGACCUCCGAUGAGCAAACGCGCCAUCUAUUCCAGCUAAAGCAUUCGUCAAAGUACGCGAAUCUACUUGCCACCAAGCUCCAGCAGAUGACGAAGGCCGUGGAGAAGCUCCGAUCCACGCGCGAGGGACUCAAGCAGCGUGCCGUCGAGCUGCGGGAGCAGCGGCUGCAGCUUAAUCCCGUCCUCGAGGAACUGAUUGCCCAAACGCGUACUCUACAGACACACAUCGAGAAGGAUAUUUCGAAGCGUUAUAAGAAUCGUAUGGUUAAUCUAAUGGGAGGCGCUAACUAAACUACGGGCAGAUCUUGGGAAUUGUUAAAUGGUUAUUAAAAUAAAUAUUCAUCGAAUGUUGGGCAGAACAAAAACAAA